CACUGUCAGUCAUUCUUUACCAAAACAUAAAUAAACACUGUGAAAAUGGCGUCUCUAGAACCUCUGCAAAAUAAAACAUGGGAUUUAUCUCUGUACGAGUUGAAUCGGACACCACAGCAAGCGAUUACGGAUAACACCGAGAUUGCUGUUUCACCCCGUAGCUUGCACAGUGAACUGAUGUGUCCUAUUUGUUUAGAUAUGCUGAAGAAAACCAUGACAACGAAAGAGUGCUUACAUCGCUUUUGUUCCGACUGUAUCAUCACCGCUCUCCGGUCCGGCAAUAAAGAAUGUCCAACUUGUCGGAAGAAAUUAGUUUCAAAACGUUCGCUGCGUCCAGACCCAAAUUUCGAUUUACUAAUAUCAAAAAUAUAUCCAAGUCGAGAUGAAUAUGAGGCACAUCAAGAACGUGUCCUGGCGAAAUUCAAUCAAAGUCAUUCCCAACAGGCUCUCGUACAUUCGAUCAAUGAAGGUAUCAAACUCCAAUCACAGAAUAGGCCAAAUCGUAAACAAAAAAGUGAGAACGAUUUAACAGCAGCUUCAGCAGCGGUGACGACUAAUACAAGCCCAUCUGCGGCUCCUUCAACACCAACGACGAAUCUUAUUACAAAUGCUAACAAUUCUAAUAACAAUAUGAUUCCUAACAAUAGUAAUGGCAGUGUAUCGGAUCCAAUUAAUCGGGAUGGAGCAAUGAUCAAUCAAGGAAAUGAACCCAUGCGACAAUCUUCUAAUCCUCCAUCAGUAAGAAGCACACCGUCCCCGGUUCCCUCAAACGUAAGUUCAGCAAGUAAAGCAAAACGAGCAAGAUCUGUAUUAACGUCCGAAAAAUCUGAAGAAUCAGAAUCUAAUAGUGAAAUGGACGGUAGAACAGAAGAAAACGAUUCAAAUCUGGAUACAGAAGGCGAAGGAAAUUCGGAACACGGAAGCGAUGAAAUUGAGCUCGUUUUCAAACCCCAUCCUACUGCGAUGGCCGGCGACAAUCCUCUGUUGAAAGCGCUGAAGGAGAAUUCGGUGCGCUACAUAAAAACUACAUCGAAUGCGACAGUGGAUCAUUUGAGCAAGUAUCUGGCUAUGCGGCUCACACUAGAUUUGGAUACCGAGCUACCGGAGGCGUACAAAGUGGUCAACUUUUGUAUAUACAUUGCCCCUCAACCUUCGCAGCUAGUAGUAUUAAGUGGGAAUCAGACUCUGUCACAAGUCAAUGAAAAAUUCUGGAAGGUCAACAAGCCUCUCGAGAUGUUCUACUCGUGGAAAAAAUCUUGAUUUAAUAAUAACAAACAGUGCAGCAGAGUGGAAUCUGUUAUAAUUUGAGAUAUAUUUGUAAAUGUAUUAUUGUUAUAUGGUAUAAGUUUACAUAGCAGAUAUCUAAUUGUACGUGGACAGUUUAAUUAUCUAAAUAGUUUAUUUUCAAAUCUUAUAAUAGUUCAUUAAGUGUCGUUUUAUCUAAAGUACUACAUCACAGAUGUUUCUACGUAUUACUCGGUCGCAUCACCUGUAUAGUAUUGUGAAUACCUCAUUGACUGUAAAAUUGAAUGCAUUCGUUUACAAAAACAUGAGGUUUACAUCAAAUAUAAUGUGUAUACCAAUUAGAAUUGCAGUCAGUAAAGCAAUUGUUUUGGAAAAGUCUCUUA